UUUAAGAGUGCAAAUCCUCACAUUCUCAGCUCUGCGCAAGACCAAUGCCCCGCGCCACGAGUCAAGGUCGAGUCCGGCGAGCUCUUGGGGCUGUGCAGGGCUGCCAACCCGCAGACAGGGAUUCCCCAGUACGCGGCCUUCCUCGGCGUGCCCUACGCCAAGCCGCCCCUCGGGGAGUUGAGGUUCAAGGCGCCGCGUCCGGUGGAGCAGUGGCCGGGCGUCCGCGAGGCCGUGCGCUUCGACCAACGGUGCAUCCAGGGCAGUGCGGAGGCACAGUCCGGCUCGGAGGACUGCCUGCACGCCAACGUGUACUCGCCCUGGCUGCAGAGGCCCCAGAAUGAGAGGGGCGAGCUGCUACCCGUCAUCGUGCACGUGCACGGCGGCACCAUGAAGGAGGGCUCGGGCAACAUCAUCCGGCCCGAUUACUUCAUCGCCAAAGACCUCGUCGUGGUCACCUUCAACUACCGCCUUGCCCAGAUGGGCUUCUUCAGCCUGGACAACGACCUGGCCCCAGGCAACGCCGGCCUCAAGGACAUCGUGGCGGCGCUGCGAUGGGUCAACACGAACAUCAAGGCGUUCGGCGGCGACCCGGACAAGGUGACCAUCCAGGGCUGCUCGUCCGCCGCCGCGGUGGUGCACUGGCUGACGCUGCUGCCGGACACCGAGGGCCUGUUCCGCAGCGCCAUCAUCAAGAGCGGCAGCGCCAUGCUGAGCUGGGCCUUCGCGGACAACUCGCACCUCGACCUGAGCGGCAUCGCCAUGGACUUCUACAGGAAGUACUUCCCCAACUACAACGACACCCAGCUGCUGCACGAACGGUCCACCCUGCAGCUGGAGCUUGGCUUCACGUUCGCCGAGGAAGCGCGCACCAAGAACACCCCCGACACCUUCCAGGUGCCCACAAUCGCCCUGGAGAGCAGGCCCGACGGCGGCGAGGAGCCGAAGCUCAUCCUCAAGGACGCGGAGGCCUACAUCCUGGAGCCCGCGCGCUCCAGGGUGCCCAUCAUCAUGGGCAUGACGAGCUGCGAGUUUGACCCGUACGGCAUCAUGUACUACAUGCUCGGCAAACUGCCCCCCAUCGAGAGCCCCCUGCUGGAGAGGAUGGUCCCGCGCAGCGUCAUCCCCACCGACUUCGCCAAGAAGGCCCUCGGCAUCGACCCCGCCGCCUACUCGCACACCUUCACGGAGGCGGCCGACGACUUCAGGCAGCAGCUGUUCAACAUGUCGGCGUACGACACCAACUGCAAGCUCAUCUGUCGAUGGCAGAUGUACUUCUCAGGCAUGAUGAUCAAGGCGGACUCUGCCCGAGCCAUCCGCAUGCACGCCAGGGAGGGCAAGGCACCCGUUUACGCCUACAGCUACGACUUCCCCAUCAACGGCAGAUGCCCGCUCCACGCCACGGAGGACAGGAAGCUGUGGCCGGAAGACGAGGCCGACGUACUGCCGCUCAACACGACACACCCCGUCUCCCUGAACAUCCUCAGGCAGGUGACUCUCUUCAGCAACUUCGUCAAGUUCGGCAAGCCAGUGCCGCAGACGGACGACACGGUCCUGCCGGUGGAGUGGACGCCGAUGGGCGAGGGCCGGCCGGGCCAGCCGGACGAGUUCCUGCGCAUCGACGCCAACCUGACGAUGGACAAGGGGGACCUCCUGGGCACGUUCGGGCCCUUCUGGGAGCAGCUGUACAACAAGUACCGCGGAGGGGGGGACCAGAUCUGAAACUCGCCAGCUCCACUCUCAACAACCUGCAAAACCCUGGUUCUACAAGGUGGUGGCUACGCUUUAAGCUGAGGGCAUUGGUUUGGCAGAGUCAUAACCUCCACAAAUUGUUUGUUUGAAGGGAAAUUGUGGGCUUUUCAAGCAAACUUACAAAAAAUUCGGUCUGCGAAAUCUAGUGCUGCAAUUCACCGUGAAACCAAACGUGAAAGGACUUCAGAUUUGUCAUGCGGAGGUGUGGAAUUUUCAGUCUCCACGGAAGUGCGGAGUUUGCAGUCUCCACACUUCAAACGUGGAGUUUCCCACGUUUGCACCAUGCUAAGAGAUAGGAGCUCUGCGAUCUACACCACACUUGACGUGUAGAGACUGCAAACUCUGCACUUUCAAGUGUGGAGACUUACUCCACACCAGGAAGUGUGGAGUUGUCCACACUUGGUUUGACAGUGCCAACCCAAUAUGUAUCCCCUUAAAAGCUAACUAGGUGUGGGAUUGAUGUGUUUGUGCGAAAUACAGUGCGCAGUACAGAAAUCGUUUUCAAAUGCUAGAAAAGGGAAUUGUCAUUGCUUUAAUUGUUGUGUGAAACCUGGAUUUGUUUGUAGUACUAUAGUUGUCGUCUAUGGACUGUACUUAAUGAAUUUUAGUCAAAUUAAUUGCUUUAAUGGCCCUCAGCAAGUUCAAUAACAGCCGAAUUUACAUGGUGUUAUAGUAUAUAAUUGAAAGAAAUUGGUCUGUAAUUGCUGUAAUACAUGGUACUGGAAUUGGUCUGUACACUACAAAUCUAUAGGCAGUACACACGGUGUGGCGAAGGAGGUAAAACGUGUACCGCUUUCGUAUUGGCGGUAAAAUCUGGAGCCCGCCAAUUACGCACCCUACAAACCGAAGGAAAACGGCGGUACAGUGCAUUACCGCCAAUUGCGCGCUGUUUAGAUGGUGCGUAAAAGGAGGUACAAAAUAUUACCGCCAGUAAAGUUCCCUCAGAGUGCCAAGAAAAAGGCGGUAAAGUUCUCGAAAGGAGGUACAAUGGUUCUGUUAGGGCGGUAAUUGAUCCAGGAAGCGGAAGAAGGGGAUAACUCAAUUUUGGCCAUUUUUCAGGAGAAACAAAAAACUGUUUGCAGGGAAAACUAAAACAAAACAAAUGAAUGUUGCACAAGUUAAUAAUUUCAAA